AUGGACGAGGAGGACUCUCCACAGCUGGUGACCCCCGAGUCGGUGAAAGCCAUCAUCUCGAGGAUUGAGGCUGCCCAGCUGACUCGGACUCAGGAGGACAUGUCCACCCAGCUCUCCGGCAUCUUGGACAAUGUCAACUGUGUCAUCAGCCGCUUCCAGGAGGAACUGGGAUACGAUUUAAAAGAAAAGGCAAAAUCCCAGCAGACGGAACAAAGGGGCAAGAACAGAUUCGUCUUGCUGGAGAAGAUUGCCUCCUUCUCCAAAGGUGCCAGAAUGAAAGAGAAGCACCUGUACGAACUUCUCCGCUGGCUGGCAGACUGGGGUGACAGUCUGACCUUUGAGAUCAGGAACAGGAAGAGCGAGAAGGAAGAGGAAGCCCUGGACGAGUGGAUCGAGGUGAUGGAGAGGGUCCUGCCUCUCUCCCUCAUGGCCACCAAGGGAGGGAUCGAGUCUCUCAUCUCCCUCUGCUCCACUCUGAUUGAAGAACAAAAGAAAAAGACACAAAUGUCCAAACGAACCCUCUGGCAGGGCUGGCAGGAGAAGAGCCCACAAGCAUCUCCUCCAGAGCCUCAGCCACCGAGCCCGGAGCAGAUGCUUCAGGACAAGCAAACCACCUGCACAAGGGUCUCCGAGGUGCGGUCCAUGCUGCAGGAGCUGCUGGACUCCACCACGUUCAACAAGGGGGAGGUGCAGGCCAUCCGGUACAUGUCUGCUGUGGUGGAGAACCUCAACAAGGCCUUGCUUCUCCAGCAUCAGGAGAACAUGUCCCUGGAGACCAAGUACCGGCACAUGAAACUGGAGAUGACCCGAGAGCUCAGCAGCCAGCGCCUCUACUUCCAGAAGGCCCUCCACAUCCUGGAGAACAAGAGGGACACCCUCCUGAAGCAGGUCGACGAAAUGGGGAGAAAGUACCAUGACCUGCUUCUGAUCCAGCACGCCCUGGAGUGUCAGCUGAAGAAGGCUCAGCGGGCUGGACAUCAUUCGGGAGACUCGAGGGGGAGGGCUUCGGUGGACUCGACAGACCUCCCUGAGAGAGAGAGGUCGGAAACAACAGAAACCUCCACGGGGCCCCCAACCAGAUCCUCGGUCUCUCCACCGGAGCCCGAUCAGGAGGAGCAGCUCUUUCGAGCGCACUCUCCAAGCCCGGCUGCCACCACCUGGGCCGGGGAUGAACCGCUCUCGGCCUGCCGACCACUCGCCACCCUGGCCACACAUUCGCGGAUCGCGGACAGGUACUGCGGCCAGGACCCGGGCGAGGAGAGCCUGCCGCCCGCAUCGCAGCCCUCGGUGGGAAGCCCGGCGGCAGCAGGCCCCGCUCACCCAGAGGAGGAGCAGGAGGAGGAGGAAGCAGCAGAAGAGGCCGAGAAGACUGGAGGCCUUCGAGUGAAGAUCCGGUUCAGGAAGAAGCCGUCCCCCGGGUCCGAGGCGCGCUCCUGCGAAGAGGAGGAGAAAUCCUCCUCCUUUCCGAUCCCCGAGCGGCCCGCGCGCAGGGGGUCCCGGCCCGCUCUGCAGACCUCCCUGGUGGCCCACAAGGAGAAGUACUGGAUGGACGUGGAGGCGCAGAGGAAGAACCUGGAGCUCCUGAGCCGGGCGGCCGAGCUGGGGCUCCCCCACUCUCUGCGCAGCAAAGCCCUGGAGCUCAUCACCACCACCAUGCAGCUGAGCGUGCUCCGGCUGCGGUGCCUGUGCGGGAAGUACAUCACGUACAGGCACUUCCGGAGACUCCGACAAGAAGUGAUCGACCACAUCCAAGCCCUUCGAGUAACGGGGGUUUCCUACCAGCCCCAGAGCCUCAAUGUCUACCUGGGAAACCUCGACCGCCUCCGGACCCUCAGGCUGCAGGCCUGGACGAACCAAGGGAAGGAGCUGGAGGAGAAGCACCGGGAGUGUCUGAGCAGCAUGGCAACCAUGUUCCCCAAGGUGGGCCUCCGCCCCGCGCGCGCCCGCCCGCCGCUGUGGGCACAGGAGAGAUGGAGCUGGGGCCAUUUUUGGCUGAGGUGGAUGGGAACUGGGGGUGCGGCCGAAGCCUCUGAACUUCAGGCAGAGAGGCAGGGGCUCAGCAGAGUUCAACAGGGGAGCCAGAUGGAGCCCGUCUGGAGGACUGAUGUGGCCUCCUCCAGCCACCCGAUAGAGAAGAAGACUCCCGGCUGCCUGGCAUGGGACCAGCUGGGGGGGUACCCAGACAUCCCCCGGCUCCUGGUGAUGGAUGUGCACUCCUCCUACCACAAAAGUUUGAUGACCCUCAAGAGCCGUGCCGUGACCACCCUAAGAAAGGACAGCCAGGAUGAGUCCUCAGAUGAGCCAGCUGAACUUGUGUGCAGGAGGUCCAGCGAGUCCCUGCUGGGAGCCCCAUGGAAGCCAGAAGCACCCGACAGUGCCAGUCCCCGCUCCAUCCCUUAGCCCGUGGCUCUCACAUGGGGACUUGUCACAAGUGCAGGGGCCCUCCAGGGGCACUGGGGGCUGCUGAGGGGCCUCUAGCCCCCAAACUGUACAUUGUUAA